CGCGGAGGAAGUCGGCGGCCGUCUCGGGCUCGCGGUCCGGGCGAGGAGGAGCUGGCUGCUGGGGGUCGCUGGGCUGGGCGGCCGGCGGCGCGGGCCCGGUGGCGGCGGCGGCGGCGGGGGCCCCGGUGCGGAGCGCCGUAAAUCCUUCUGUGACCUGACGUACCCUUCAGCUGAGCAGCCUGCAGCUGGCCUCAAGGUCCUGGAUCACAUAAUAUAAAUUUGAGUGGUUUGAUGUUUAUCUUGCUCCUUGGUGAUUUUAUUCAUGAAAGCCUUCCCUCUUCCCGGCCAGUUUGGCAGUAGACGUUCACCUCCUAUUUAAUGAGACCGUUUAAGCGGAAGCAUCUUACCGCCAUCGACUGCCAGCAUUUGGCUCUGAGUCAUUUGUCUGCGUCCCAGCCGUUCGGUCAAAGAUGGACAAGCAGAGACCCGAACCAUGGACUGUAUCCUAAACCCAGAACGAAAAGAGGGAGUAGGGGUCGAGGAUGUCAAAGAUGCAACCCUGAGUUCUUCCUAGCUGGCCGGCAGCCGUGCACCAAUGACAUGGCCAGAAGCAAUUCUGUUGGCCAGGACAGCUGUCAGGACUCGGAGGGUGACAUGAUCUUUCCUGCAGAGAGCAGUUGUGCCCCACUUCAGGGAUGCGAUGGAGAAGCGAGGUUGGGCGCGUCAGGGUCUCCCGUGCCCACCAGGAAGCGGUCUCGGUCCUUUGAGGAAGACGGUAAUCAGGCUACUGGGGCCAGCCAGUGGGAUGGAGUUGCUAAGAAAACCCCACGGCAUCAUCCGUCCCUGCCAUGCACAAGGCCUAAGGAAGCGCGGCAGGAAGUGGAGGACUGCGGGUCACAGCUCUCUGCAGAGUCUGGAGAAACCGACCAGGACGUCGGGGACGUUGGUCCUGAUCCCGAGCCUGACGAGUACUAUGGGCUUCUUGGGACCUUGCCCUGCCAGGAAGCGCCGAGCCACAUCUGCAGCCUGCCCAGCGAGGUCCUGAGGCACGUGUUCGCCUUCCUCCCGGUGGAGGACCUCUACUGGAACCUGAGCUUGGUGUGCCACCUGUGGAGGGAGAUCAUCCGCGACCCGCUGUUCAUUCCUUGGAAGAAGCUGUACCAUCGAUACCUGAUGAACGAGGAGCAAGCCGUGAGCAGAGUGGACGGCAUCCUGUUGAACUGCGGCAUAGAAAAGGAGUCGGACUUGUGCGUGCUGAACCUCAUACGAUACAUAGCCACCACUAAGUGCUCCCCAAGCGUAGACCCUGAGAGGGUGCUGUGGAGCCUGAGGGACCACCCCCUGCUUCCCGAGGCCGAGGCGUGCGUGCGUCAACACCUGCCCGACCUCUACGUUGCUGCUGGGGUACAUUGUGACUUGAAUUUGAAACUCUCUAAAUCUAACUUUUUCCCUAUUAGGAUUCACUACAACAUUUUCUAUUGCCUGUAUCUUCAGGAGAAUUCCUCCACUCAGGCCACAAAAGUUAAGGAGGAGCCAUCCGUCUGGCCAGGCAAGAAAACCAUCCAACUUACACAUGAACAGCAGCUGAUUCUGAAUCAUAAGAUGGAACCUCUCCAGGUGGUGAAGAUUAUGGCAUUUGCAGGCACCGGGAAGACCUCGACCCUGGUCAAGUACGCGGAGAAGUGGUCUCAGAGCAGGUUUCUGUACGUGACGUUCAACAAGAGCAUCGCCAAGCAGGCCGAGCGCGUCUUUCCCAGCAACGUCACCUGCAAAACCUUCCACUCCAUGGCCUAUGGGCACGUCGGGCGCAAGUACCAGUCGAAGAAGAAGUUGAAUCUCUUCAAGUUGACACCCUUCAUGGUCAGUUCCGUCCUUGCUGAGGGGAAGGGUGGAUUCAUACGGGCCAAGCUCGUGUGUAAGACUUUAGAGAACUUCUUCGCCUCGGCCGACGAGGAGCUGACCAUCGACCACGUGCCCAUCUGGUGUAAGAACAGCCAAGGACAGAGAGUGAUGGUGGAGCAGAGUGAGAAACUGAAUGGUGUCCUUGAAGCCAGCCGCCUCUGGGACAACAUGCGGAAGCUGGGGGAGUGCACGGAAGAGGCGUACCAGAUGACUCACGAUGGCUACCUGAAGCUCUGGCAGCUGAGCAAGCCUCUGCUGGCCUCUUACGAUGCCAUCUUUGUGGACGAGGCCCAGGACUGCACCCCAGCCAUCAUGAAUAUAGUUCUGUCCCAGCCCUGCGGGAAGAUCUUCGUAGGGGACCCGCACCAGCAGAUCUAUACCUUCCGUGGCGCGGUCAACGCUCUGUUCACCGUCCCCCACACCCACGUCUUCUAUCUGACGCAGAGUUUUAGAUUUGGCGUGGAGAUAGCUUACGUGGGAGCUACCAUCUUGGAUGUUUGCAAGAGAGUAAGGAAAAAGACUCUGGUUGGAGGAAACCAUCAGAGUGGCAUCAGAGGUGACGCAAAAGGGCAGGUGGCCCUGCUGUCCCGGACCAACGCCAACGUGUUCGAUGAGGCCGUACGAGUGACCGAAGGAGAAGUACCUUCGAGGAUCCAUCUGAUUGGGGGGAUCAAAUCAUUUGGAUUGGACAGAAUCAUCGAUAUCUGGAUCCUCCUUCAGCCGGAGGAAGAACGGAGGAAACGAAACCUCGUCAUUAAAGACAGAUUUAUCAGAAGAUGGGUGCACAAAGAAGGCUUUAGCGGCUUCAAGAGGUACGUGACGGCCGCCGAGGACAAGGAGCUCGAGGCAAAGAUCGCAGUCGUGGAAAAGUACAACAUCAGGAUUCCAGAGCUGGUGGAGAGAAUAGAAAAAUGCCACAUCGAAGACCUGGACUUCGCAGAAUACAUUUUGGGCACCGUGCACAAAGCCAAAGGCUUGGAGUUUGACACUGUGCAUGUUUUGGAUGAUUUCGUGAAAGUGCCUUGUGCCAGGCAUAACCUGCCCCAGCUUCCCCACUUCCGCGUCGAGUCAUUUUCUGAGGACGAAUGGAAUCUACUGUAUGUUGCAGUAACUCGUGCCAAGAAACGUCUCAUCAUGACCAAGUCGCUGGAGAACAUCUUGACUCUGGCCGGGGAGUACUUCUUGCAAGCAGAGCUGACCAGUAACGUGCUAAAGACAGGAGUGGUUCGCUGCUGCGUGGGGCAGUGCAACAACGCCAUCCCGGUCGACACCGUCCUCACCCUGAAGAAGCUUCCCAUCACUUACAGCAACAGGAAGGAAAACAAGGGCGGCUACCUCUGCCACUCGUGCGCAGAACAGCGCAUCGGGCCCCUGGCGUUCCUGACGGCCUCCCCGGAGCAGGUGCGCGCCAUGGAACGCACCGUGGAGAACAUAGUGCUGCCCAGGCACGAGGCCCUGCUCUUCCUCGUCUUCUGAGGCCGCGGCGCAGAGCUACCGCGGACCCACGUGCUGAAGAGAGCCCGUGUGGGGUGGGGUGGGUGCCCGCCACCCGGGACUCCGAGCCCAUCCACGGAGCGUCUUCUGAGGAAGAAGAAACGCGCCGGAGCUGGACCUUGCCCCCCCACAGACAGCCAGUUCCCACUUGCCUGUCCUCACGCACCAGGCUGGGCAAGCGGGAGGUGUUCUUUUGAUAAAAAAACAUUUUAUGUAUUUAAACUUUUAUUACAAGGUUUCAAUUAAACAGGCAUUGUAGCACUGGCA